GAAACUGUUGUGCUGAAAGGAAGAAUUAACUGGUCUUUCAACUUCAGCCUUUUUAUUGUGAGAGGGGAGAUCACAGAAGUGUUACCAUGGGGAGAACAGCAGCUAAAGAGCAGUUUAAUUGGGAUGAUUAUCUGAAAGAGACUGAAUCAGUAGCUGCCCCUCUACAUUGUUUCAGACAGUCUAGGAUUCCACCUACAAAUGAUUUCAAAGUUGGUAUGAAACUGGAAGCCCACGAUCCGCGCAAUGUGACCUCGGUUUGCAUCGCUACAGUCAUCGGAAUCACUGGGGCCAGGCUGCGGCUGCGGCUGGAUGGAAGUGACAACAAGAAUGAUUUUUGGAGGCUUGUGGAUUCGUCUGACAUACAGCCCAUUGGGACCUGUGAAAAGAAAGGGGGAAUGCUGCAGCCCCCACUUGGGUUCCAGAUGAAUGCAUCAUCUUGGCCAAUGUUUCUCUUAAGAACUCUCAAUGGAGCUGAAAUGGCACCUGCAGCUUUCUUUAAGAAGGAACCACCAAAACCUGUGCCAAACUGCUUUAAAGUUGGAAUGAAACUUGAAGCUAUAGAUAGAAAGAACCCAUACAUGAUUUGCCCAGCCACCAUUGGAGAUGUUAAAGGAGAUGAAGUUUUUGUUACAUUUGAUGGCUGGAGAGGAGCAUUUGACUACUGGUGCAGAUGUGAUUCUCGAGAUAUUUUCCCAGUCGGAUGGUGUAGCUUGACAGGAGAUGCAUUACAACCACCAGGGAACAGUGUUUCCAUUACAAAGAGCAGUGCAAAAAUCCAAUCUUCCCCUUCCAAAGUGACCCGGCGUUCAAUGCAGUCUCCACAGAAAUCUGCUCCAGUACCAGCGCAACGGGGCAGGAAACCAGGUCGGGGCAAACCCCCUGGACAGUCUGCAGUUCCCAAGAAGGGCAGGUCUCCUAAAAAUAUUCCCCUGACAAAAAGCACCUCUCAUACUGAAAAUCUUAAAACAAGGAAAAAAAGUUUAAAACCUGGAAAAAAGAAAAAAGUCUUGCCAGAACUGACUCCUGCAUCUCCUUCUCCUCAGUCAUCUCCUGAGGGGGACAACGGCACUGCACAGAUACGUAAAGAUGGAAUUAGUUUGUCUGGUGCGCCUGCAGCAGUUAUAUCCACAGUGUGUGUUUAUGUCAACAAACAUGGAAAUUCUGGGCCUCACCUGGAUAAGAAGAAGGUUCACCAGCUUCCAGACCAUUUUGGACCAGGUCCUGUCAAUGUGGUACUUCAGCAGGCUGUACAGGCGUGUGUGGAUUGUGCCUAUCAAGCCAAAACAGUCUUUGGAUUUCUGAAAUCUGGCCAUCAUGGAGGGGAAAUGAUAACUGCUUCCUUUGAUGGGGAAAAGCAUUCCAUCAAUCUUCCUUCUGUAAACAGUGCAUCGUUUGUCCUACGCUUCUUGGAGAAACUGUGCCACAGCCUGCAGUGUGAUAAUCUCUUUAGUAGCCAACCUUUCAGCCCCUACAUGGGAUGUGCACAUAGUCCCACGGAGUAUGAUAGGAGCAAGCCAGCAAAGGAAGAAAUACCUGAAAACAGGAGUGCUAAACGAUAUUCUCAGGACUCUCCACCAUAUACUGCUCCUCUUUCCCCUAAGCUUCCCAGAAAUGAUGCUCAUCCAUCUGAAGCAGAAACAUUGCCUAUAGAGGAAAACAGCACUUCCAAAGAACACCGGUUUUCUGAGGACUCCAUGGAUUCUGCACUUAAUUCUGUCAAUCUGUCAAGCCCAACCUGCCGAAAUUCCACGGAGUACCGGACUUCAGGAAGUGCUGCAUACUACAGAAAUUCCCAUCAGCCAGUGACUGCUACCUCAAACUCAGCCCCAGCCCUGCACAGGCUGUCCCUGAGCUCUGCUGGGAGCAGUGGUUACUAUGAAGUCAGUAGGAACCGAAUGCAGAGGCGGAUUGAAGCUGCAAGUUCCACAACUGGGCCAGAUGUGAACUCACUAAAAAAGGAACCUUCAAGAAUAUUGAAUAAGGAUCCUUCCACCUGGUCCAUAGAGGAAGUAAUGCGUUUUGUGAAAGAAGCUGAUCCACAGGCACUGGCUCCACAUGCAGAGCUCUUUAGGAGACAUGAAAUUGAUGGGAAGGCACUACUCUUACUGAGGAGUGACAUGAUCAUGAAAUAUAUGGGACUGAAGCUGGGGCCUGCCUUAAAGUUGUGCUACCACAUUGAACGACUUAAACAAGGAAAGUACUAA